AUGGGAGAUAACCUUCGGAAGAGAGGGAUGCUGCAGAACACCACUUGCGGACAUUGUGUUCUGACUGAAACAACUGAGCACAUCCUUUUCCACUGUUCCUUCGCCAAACAGGUUUGGAGUUUGAUCCCCCUGACUUCUGAAUUCAAUCCAGACAUGUUUUCCUCCUUCACUUCAGCUGUUGCAGACACAUCUUCCUGGAUCUGCCUACCGCCAUGUGGUAUUCCAGGAGACCUCUUCUCGUGGGUGUGUUGGAACUUAUGGAUUACCAGAAACAAACUAUUUUUUAAAGCGCGUCCUGCAUUCGUGCAAACCACUGCUACAAAGACCCUGGCUGUUGCGAUAGAAUGGACGCAUGCUCAAGAUCCCCACGUAGCUACACCGAAGAAUACUCUGAUCCCAGUAAGACCUCAGUUGAUUCCAGUCGGUACAGUGACAUGCAACACUGACGCAAAUGGGAAAAAGAAAACUUCAGCUGCGGGUCUCACCUGGAUCUUCGACUCCUCGCCUCCGUUGAUCACAUCAGAUUGCUGUCAAUACCAAAAUUGGGUCUCAGCCGUCCUUAUGGCUGAAGGGUUAACGGUCAGGGAAGCACUCUCCCACGCUCAACACAUCGGCAUCACAAAAUUCUGGCUUCCUUUAGACUCUAUAUCGCUCGCCAGAGCUAUAAAUUCAGUUUCAAAGCCGAUGAGCCUCUACGGAGUUCUAUCGGACAUUGAAUCUCUAUCUUGGUUUUUGCUUUUUGAUGUAUCUCUUUCAUUCCUAGAGAAGAGAAUGAGGUUGCAGACAAUCUCUCUCAGAUGCACCUGUAACGCCGACGCAGCCGCUGACGCUGACGCAGCCAUUGCCGCAGAUUGUUGUUCGUUUUGUAGACGCGGAACGCUGGACGCUGAUGCAGACACUGGAAGCAGUUUGGUAUUGUUCGUUUGGUAG